CUCAGACCGGCUCCCUCACUGCCCUCCACUCUGAACGUAAAGUAAAGGACAUGCAGUUCUACUUGUAGUCAAUGACACAUCAUUCAAUCCUGAGUCAGACUUUGUGGAUCUACAAAAAAAAAAACAAUCAGCUCUUUCUACUUUCAGGCCAAACAUUCGGUCACUUUCAGGUGCUUUGUAAGUGAACCCCUUGUUAACUGAAGAUGGGUUUUCGAGGUGUUGGCGUCCUCCUGCAGUGUUACCUGAUGUUGGCAGCAGCCAUGUAUUUUGAUCUCGGAGAGCAGGAGAAAAAAUGCAUCAUUGAGGAGAUUCCUGAAGAUACAUUGGUUACUGGUUAUUUCUUGUUGGAGCCCUGGGAUAUGAAGUCGGUCACCUCCUCCCCUCACCUCAGCGUCACUGUGACAGUCAGAGACCCAAACCAUGAGGUUCUGAUGACCAAACGUUACAGUAAAUUUGGCAAACUCACCUUCACAGCUCACGCCUCUGGUCAGCACUACCUCUGCUUCCAAAGCAACUCCACGCGGUUCUCAGUGUUCGCUAGAGAAAAGCUGAAGCUGCAUUUGGACGUUCAGAUGGGAGAGCACACGAUUGGCCACAGCACAGAAAAAACCAAAGACAACAUGGUGCUGUUGGAGAACAGUCUCAGACACCUCUUCGAGCAGAUGAUGUACAUCAUCAGGCAGCAGGAGUACCAGAGGGAAAAGGAGGAGGUGUUUCGUCAGAUCGGCGAGGACACCAACAGUAAAGUGCUGUGGUGGGCCGUGGUGCAGACCUCUAUCCUGCUGUCGGUCGGUUUCUGGCAAAUGAAACGACUCAAAGACUUCUUCAUUGCCAAGAAGUUGGUGUGAUGUACGACCUUUGACCUCUCAGCCUGAUGAUCAUCUCAAUGUCGUAUACAAAAAAAGGCUGCAACAAGUAUACGAGACACUUUGAAAAUAAACACUCUCUCCUCUUACUGUCAAA